GCGUGUUUCCUGCUGCCAUUGACGGAGGAGCUGGAUCUUGCGGGAGGGAGGGAGAGAGAGAGAGAGAGAGAGAGAGAGGAGGAGAAAAACCUGCUCAUCUGACACAUCCACGUUCCUCCUCCACUCGAACCGCGGUUAUUCCUGAUUAUUACUAUUUAUUUGACGGCGUCCGGGUCAUAGUCUGAUUCCCGAGGAACGAGAAGCGGCCGGAUCGAACCAUCGUUUAUGAUUCAGCCAGAUAUUAUAUGAAUGUCAACCGGUCAAGGUCCGAUCCGCUGGAUUCUCAGGCUCCUUCUUCUGCGACUUCCUCACGCGUUUUGGUGAAUUCCUCCUGAUCAAUAUUCAGUAAUAAUCCUUGAUAAUAAUCCCGUGUGACCCCGUGUGGACGGUGCGGAGGGGCGGACACGGAUUGUUUGAGCAGCGUGGGAGCUCCACACUGGGGAUGACAUGCUGCGGUAAAAACUGGAAACUGGGAAUAAUAUGGAUUAGGAGACGCUGAUGAUGUGACUGCGACACUUGAGGAAAGAACAUGCUGGUCGGUCCUCCCGUGCAGAAAUCUGUCACAACACUAAUUUAACAGCUGACGUUCACCCAGAGAUCGGAUCCGACGAGAGGACACCAUGUCGGCGGUGAUGAUCACGCGAAAGGUGCGAAAAUGGGAGAAGCUCCCGGGGAAGAACACGUUCUGCUGCGACGGCCGGGUGAUGAUGGCCCGGCAGAAAGGAGUCUUCUACCUGACCCUGUUCCUCAUCGUCGGGACCUGCUCCCUGUUCUUCGCCUUCGAAUGUCCAUACCUGGCUCUGCAUCUGUCUCCCUUCAUCCCAGUCUUCGCUAUCGUGCUCUUCCUCUUCGUCAUGGCCAUGUUGUUGAGGACCAGCUUCAGUGACCCCGGGGUUCUGCCACGGGCCCUCCAAGAGGAAGCCACAUUCAUCGAGAUGGAAAUAGAGGCCGCCAACGGGAACGUGCCCGCGGGUCAGCGGCCUCCACCGCGGAUCCGCAACGUCCAGAUCAACAACCAGAUCGUCAAGCUCAAGUAUUGUUACACCUGCAAGAUCUUCAGACCUCCUCGAGCGUCUCACUGCAGCAUCUGUGACAACUGUGUCGACCGUUUCGAUCACCACUGUCCCUGGGUGGGCAACUGUGUGGGCAAGAGGAACUACCGAUACUUCUACCUGUUCACCCUGUCGCUCUCCCUGCUCACCAUUUACAUCUUCACCUUCGACAUCGUCCACGUGGUCAUGCGCUCGGUGGAUAAAGGCUUUCUGAACACUUUGAAAGAAACACCUGGAACUGUGCUGGAGGUGCUGGUGUGUUUCUUCACCCUGUGGUCAGUGGUGGGACUGACCGGCUUCCACACCUACCUGAUCUCCCUCAACCAGACCACCAACGAGGACAUUAAAGGGUCAUGGUCUGGGAAGAACCGAGUCCAGAACCCGUACAGCCACAAGAACAUCUUCAAGAACUGCUGUGAGGUUCUGUGUGGGCCGGCCUACCCCAGCGUCUUGGACAGAAGAGGACUGCAGGAGGACUCGCCGGCUCCUGCGUCGACUGCUGCACCGAACAACAGCAACAACAGCAGCAGCAGCAGCCCGGAGCCACAAGCCAUGCAUGCUGUCCUCUGCCUACAGAAAACCACGGCUCCGCUCAUCUUCAACGAGCACACGCCCGAGGACGCCAAGCCGAGCCUCGGUGCCCCGGCCCAGAAGAGCCCCUCGCCCAAAGAGGAGCACCCCCCGCCGUCCAAGGUCCCGCCCCUGGCUUCUCCAGAGCCCGACGUGGACGCGUCCAACAUCAAGGACAAGUCCCAUUAGCUGUGUGAGGGGGGGCGGGCCCUGAUUGCGGCCACUCCCCCUCCCCCAGAAACCUGCCUGGACAGGAAGUGGAACAUUAAUAAUCAAUGUCUGUUACUGUGCGGGUGACUCAGUUACUCUCCGGCUCCGGCCCCACAUCCAACCAGAAGGGUCUCUGCUGCGGCCCCUCCUCGCCCCCCCUCCCUCAGCAGGCGCUGCAGAGCUGUUUGACUGACUCCUGCAGGAGGGGGGGGGGGGGUGAUUUAAUGUUGAGUCAGCAGCUUCCUCUGACUCCGGAACACUGCAUGCAAAAGACCCGCAGGUGGAGACGCCGCUGGGAAAUCUGCAAAAAAACAAGAACACUCCAAAAGCGAAUGACUUUCCCUGUGGCUCACCUGUGGGCUCCUCUGUCAGACUCUUCUCUUCUUUAUUUAAAGUUGCAUAAUGACAUUUAUCGUGAGAGGCCAGUUCAUAUAUACUCCUUGCAAGUGUCUGGCAGGACAAUAAUACUUCUGGACAUGUAAACACCAAACAUACUGUCGGCUUUCGUUGUGUGCACAUUACAUGUCCUAUGCAAACCAUGAGGAGGCAGGACAGGCUACCGCUGAAGGUGUGUGAGUGGACGGGACGUCCGUGCAGGGGGGGGGGGGGACAGGCCAGUCCUCAGCUGAGCUGUUCCUAAAGGCUCCUUCCAGGCAAAUGUAAAUCGACCUUUCCAGUCCGAUUCUGCUGCAUCAGUACUGUUAUUACUUAUCUUCUUUUUUUUUUUACGUGAUCUGAUCCAGGCCAACUCCUGUCCUUCCACUUUUUUCUAAAUGUGAGGCUGCAGUGUGACGCCGGUGCUCUGAGUGACGCGGCUGCUGCGUGAAAGGUCUGACCUCUGGUGAUCGUAGACACUUGUAGUAACAGUGCCUUAUCGCAACAGUUGCACUACGAAAUGCAACUUGGGUCGAGCAGCAGAGACAAACCUUCACAGGUCAGAGCCGCUCAUACGCAGGUCAGUCGAGUGCUUCUCAACCAGGGGGGUCGGGAGACACAGCAAAGAUCAUGAGGAGAUUAAAGUGAAAGUUUCAUAUUGGGGGGGGGGGGAAGAAACACUCUUUAUUUGGUAAAACAUCAACAACCAACCACAAUUUGUUGUUUCACCAACUGGAGCUCUAUCUUGACUCUCUAACAUUUCAGUAUUUGCACAACUUAGACAAACAGUGAGAGGUGCUGGCACUUAAAUGCAGAAUCAUCCAACUCUCAGCAGAACUGUUAAUACGAUUAUUUCCACCCCCCCGAUAAUGAAAAACGAAUUAGGUUUCUUCCGGGAAAGUAUUAGAAAGAUAAAAUCUUAACGAGGAGAAAUUCACAACUGGAAGAUAAAUUCCGCCUGUGACCAGUAGAUAAAGUUGUGUGUGUGUGUGUGUGUGUGUGUGUGUGUGUGUGUGUGUGUGUGUGUGUGUGUGUGUGUGUGUGUGUGUGUGUGUGUGUGUGUGUGUGUGUGUGUGUGUGUGUGUGUGUGUGUGUGUGUGUGUGUGUGUGUGUGUGUGUGUGUGUGUGUGUGUGUGUGUGUGUGUGUGUGAUCUUGCGAGUCCUCACUGUUGAGAAUCACUGAUUUAAGAGAAAAAGAGAUAAAACGCUUGAAUUAUAGAUUGAAGUGUCCUGAAAGCUUCUCAGCUGACGAGAGAAGACGAGCGACAUCAGCAGGUUGUUGUUGUUGUUGUUGUUGUUUUUUUACCUAUUUGAAGCUGAACUGUGGCCAAGUGUUAAUUAUUGUGCCUGCGAGCUCGAGCGCCUCCUCCUGUGAAUCACAUCAGAGCCGAUCUUCCUCAGAGUCCUCUCUCUCUCUCUCUCUCUCUCUCUCUCUCUCUCUCUCUCUCUCUCUCUCCCCCUGCCAUCUUCUGCCUUUUCAUACUCGUCUUCUCACAUCUGCGCUGUGACAGUGAACUCCUUCCACGGCAGCUGUCUCGGGCAGACGUGCACACAUCCUCUCCUUUCACACAUCUGUGUCUUUCAGACGGAGCGCAGCCUUUGGUGCGAGAAUCGAGAAAUUGUUUUUGUUUUGCUCGAGGGGGGGGAGAGAGAAGAAGAUCCACUCAAGGCAAACUGAGAGAAAGUGAAAUUCUUAGUAUUUAAAUGAUUUUAGCAGAUAGCGAGAGUUUGUCUUAUAGUGAUUGUGUUUAUAUGCAAGACAGAGUUGGUGUUUGUGAAAUAUACCUGUGUAGAAAUCCUUAGUGUGUUCAACGGCGUCGUGUGGGACUCUGAAACCUGCCCGGGAGGAGUUAUGAUCAGAGCCCCGGUCACAAGUCCUCCUCAAUCUCCUGAAGAACUAACUCCAGACACACGAGCGAGGAAGAAGCAUUUAGAGAAGAAGGGAUGGGCGGCAGCGGUAGGAGGAUUUUUUUCAUGGAGCCGUUUGAAGCUCAUGACUGAUAGUAGAUACUUAUUAAAAAAAUGAUUAUAGGCCUGAAAGUACCAUGUCUUUCAUUACUGAUUCAUCUGUGGAUGGUUUUCUUGAUGAAAUGAUUGUUUGCUCUGUAUAAUGGUGAAAUAAUAGUGAAUGUCCAAACCCCCCAAAAUACAUUUUAUCAUGAGAAAAUAAGCAAAUACUCACAGUUAGAAAAAAAACAACUGGAAGGACAUUUUGUAAAAAUAUUUUUUAAUAUUUUGUUGGAAAAUCGCUAAACAAACAAUUGAUCAUUAGAAUAGUCGUCGAUACAUUUUCUGUUGAUGAUCAACUCACUCUUCCAGCUCUAGAUUCUUCCUUUUAUUUAUUUGUAUUGUCUUUUAGGAGGGAUGGGUGACGUGACCACUGGGAGAUGCUGUAACGUCUGUGGCAGUAUUGUUUCUGUGAAGUCAAGAAAUGUAAUUACUGAAUAUUUUGUUUCCCUCCAGAAAUCAAAAAGAAAAAACCAAGAGCACUUUGGUAGAUUUGUCAUCGAGGGUGUUUGAGGAGCGUUUGUAUCGAUGGCUUCGUGUCGCUGUCACCGAGAACAAGAAUGUAUGUGACCGAUAGAAGAAGGGACGUUUGUGUUGAAGCAGAUUUUAAAGGGAAAGUUGAACUUGUUUUAUUUUUAGCUGUGUAGGUUUUGCAGGCUGACGAGCGGAGCUGUCGUCCCUGAGACUCCUUUGUUGGAAUGACCUGACCUGGGAUCAGACCUGAACCAAGCUCUGGUCCGUGUGUUGCAUCGUGUAAACAGAGACAGAACGAGCUCUUAUUUAUGUUCACUUUUAGUAUCAACACUGUGAUUCGACGUGUUUCAUUUUGAUUUACUUCACUUCUUUUUACAUGAUCAAUGUGUCUGGUAAAUAAACAAUAUUGUCUUAUUA